UUAGUUUAUUUUUUAUCACUUCUGUAAUCGGCCUUCGCCCGAAGUUGAAGUUUCGAAUCUGUGUUUCAAACGUAUCAAAAUUAUUUUAAUUUAUUUUAUGUAAAAAUAAAUUGGAAAAAUACAUGAAAGUUUAAGAUUUCUGAUUUAUUAAUUUAUCUACAACCUGUGUUAUAUUUUUCGAAACAUUUCUAACUUCUCGGCCUUUUUCUCUUUAUAAAAAUGCAUGCAUAGAAGUGUGACAAUUUUUUCGAAUCUAUAGGAUUCCAGUUCAUUGCUUUCUUUAUAAUUGCAUUUUAUAAGUGGAAGUUUACACGUAUCCGGUAAAAAUGGGUCUGUUUAAAACAGCUGUUACUAUUGCUGUAAGUGGAGGAAGAAUGGGGACGAAAUAUAAUGGAAAUUUCCGAUUGCGUCCCCUACUCUCGUGCGCGCCGGUAGCCAUGGCGUGGAGCGACCGAGGCGCGCACACGCAGGACGUCACCAAGAACAUACAGUACAUCAGCAAUGACAAGGUCAAGCUCAACACGGACCCGAAGACUAUGAAACUGGACAAACAGCUAAACCGUCCCCGAUGUAUAAUGAUCAACUGGCUGCUAGCGCGGCAGAAGCACGUUAUGAAAUACGCUAAUCUGUACCUAGAGCAGGGCUUCGACGUGGUCUCCGUGUCGUGCACGCCCUGGCAACUCAUGUGGCCCUUGAAGGGAUCGCAGCUAGUAGCCGGUGACCUACUACGUUUCAUGUCUGCGAACGACAACGAGCAACCGCUAGUGGUGCACGGCUUCUCGGUGGGCGGAUACCUGUGGGGCGAGCUCUGCGUGCACGUCAUGAAGGAUCAGCAGCUUUACCAACCGCUCCUCGACCGUGUGGCGGCUCAAAUAUGGGAUUCCGCGGCCGAUAUAACUGAGAUAACCAUUGGAGUGCCAGCAGCCGUGUUCCCGAAGAACAAGAUCAUGCAGAAGACCCUCAAGGCGUAUAUGGAAUAUCACCUGAAGACGUUCCACGACGCGGCCACCGUGCACUACAUCCGCUCGUCGCAGCUGUUCCACACAAACUUGUGUCGCGCUCCCGCACUAUUCCUGCUGUCGGCGUCCGACCCGGUCGGCGCCGAGCGCAGCAACCGCGCCGUCUGCGACUCCUGGCUCAAGAUGGGCAUCAAUUGCACCUGGCACUGCUGGGACCGGUCUCCACACGUGCAGCACUUCACAAAGCACCGAGAGGAAUACGUGUCUCUAGUACGAGCUCAUCUCGCGAGACACCUGCCCGGUGUUCAGCAAGAGAGACAUGAACGCGCUGCUGUUUGAACGAACAUACAUACACACACGUGUAUACACGUAGAUACACACGCGUAGGCCUUAGAUAUACACGCAAACACAUACACAUGGGUAGACACGGGCAUUCAUGCAUAUACACAGAAACACAGGUAUACUCGAUAUUCUUCGACCAUUAAUACACUAGAUAUUCAUGCAAACACACACACACACAUACACGUAGAGACGGAUAUACACACAUUAACACUUGAUAUACAUACACACAUACACACGAAUACUAAUUUCACUCACACAUGCUUAAUGCCACUCAUCAGCCCAUGCAUACACAAACACACAUGCUUACUUAAAGUUCCCCUCUUUUCACACACACAUGCACCUAAGAUUGAUCGACACUUUCACAUACACUUUCAACACAGGGCUUGCAUGAACUACUAACACUUAAUAUUUAACACACGAAUUGUAAAAUUAGUUACAACACAAAUCAAAUGUUUGAUACUGAUAAACUAAAAAUAUUAUUUUAUAAAUGUGUUGUUUAUUCCAAUGUUUUUUGCUAAUUGUUAGAUAUUUUUAGCAGUAAAUAUUAAUGGCUGCUGAUACGUUUUGUUUGCCUCAAAAAUAAGUUCAUUUUUCAUCAUGUUUCACGUAUCAUUGUAUGUAAAAUUAAAUAAAUGUAACAGAAUAUUAAAGUUUUUGAACGUUUAUAAUGUAUUUAUAAAAUAAAAACGUUUUGUACACCUAUUUAAAAAAGUAUACCUUGUAUUUAAUUCCAACCGAAUUUGUAUUUUUCAUUUAAGUUCCUUAUAAUAUGUAUUGCACUCAUAGUAUAUUUUAUAUUUAUAAGUUAUUGCAAUAAGAGUGGUGAUUAUGUAGCGGGUUAAAUGUAUCGACUGAUUGGUAGAAUUUAAGAUUAAUAUUAAAAUGUUUUUUGUUGUUUAAAAAUUAAAAAAAUAUAUACCAGCCGAAUUGAUAACCUCCUCCUUUUUUGAAGUCGGUUAAUAAGUAUUGUACACAUUGGGCACAUGUAAUUACACAUAAAUACGUACAUUUCAAGUAAAACUCUUCACUUAUAGUUAUUUUUAAAACUAGAUAAAUAAACAUAUGGCUAGGACAUCAACAGGGUGAAUGUAAUGCAGUAAACAAAUUAAAAUUGUUUAGAUUUAAUUACAUAUAAAAACUAUAUCGACAAACAUGUCUUGAUAUUUAUGUUUUAUGUCCUAAUAUAAGUGUAGCUCGAUUAAAGUAUUUAGAAAUAGGUUUUUUAUAAUAAAAUAUUUUUGAAGUUA